AUGACGUCGAUCUUCAGCAGACGGGCAUUGGCAUCGUCGAUGAGCGAGAGAAGGAAGAGCGUCAUGGCGAGAAGUUUGAUGAUGGCGGAGAGGGAGUACAUCUUCGAGAGCAAGCUGCCAGCAUACCCGAUUGCGGACUCGGCCAUCGACAUGACGCUGCCGGAGUUCGUGCUGGACGGAGCGGAGCAAGAUUUCGACCGCGUGGCCAUCGUCGACAGCUCCGAUGGGCGCCAGUACACGUACAGCGAGUUCCGCCGGCUGGUGAAGAAUGUGGCGGCGGGGCUGGCGAGCCUGGGCAUUCACAAGGGCGACGUCGUGUGCUUCGUGCUGCCCAACGUCGCCGAGUACUUCAUUCUCGUGUUCGGCGUCAUGAGCGUGGGCGCCAUCUUCUCCGGCUGCAACCCCUACGCUCAUCCGUCCGAGAUCCUCAAGCAAGUUCUGAGCUCCGACGCCAAGCUCCUCAUCACCGACCCUCCCACUCUCCGCAAGGUGGCGGACAUCGAGGUGCCGAUCGUGAUGGUGGGCGGCGAGGCGAUGGCGGGAACGAUCACGGUGCAGACGCUGCUGACAGCGGACGGGGCGAAGGCGCCAGCGGUGAGCAUGUCGCCGGACGACGUGUGCCUGCUGCCAUACUCGUCGGGCACCACGGGCCUGCCCAAGGGAGUGAUGAUCACGCACCGCAACAUCAUCGCCAAUCUGUGCCAAACGCUGUGCGUGACGCAGUGCAAGUUCUCGAGCCAGCGCAUGGGCCCGCACGAGACCGUGCUCGGGCUCAUGCCCUUCUUCCACAUCUAUGGCAUCUCCGGCCUCGGGUGCGCCACCAUGCGCAAUCGCGGCACCAUCGUCGUCAUGGAGCGCUACGAGAUUCGCCGGCUUCUGCAAGUGCUGCUCGACUUCGAGGUCACGUCGGCUCCUUUGGUCCCGCCCAUCAUCCUCUCUCUCCUCAAGAGUCCCGUCGUGGCCGAAUUCGACUUGACUGCUCUGAAACUCUCGGCCAUCUUGUGCGCCGCCGCUCCGCUCAGUCCCGAGCUCCAACAAGCAUUCGAAGACAAGUUUCCUGGAGUUUUGAUCUGCCAGGCUUAUGGGCUGACCGAGUACAGCUGCGUCACCCUCUCGCAUGUCCCGCCCCCUUACGGCCUCGAUGUCAAGCCGUCGAAGAAAGGAUCGGUGGGCUUCCUUAUGCCCGGGACGCAGAUAAAGUUUGUGGAUCUGAGCACCGGCAAAUCUGUGCCGGCUCAUGCUCAUGGUGAGCUCUGCGUCCGAGGGCCCACUAUCAUGAAAGGAUAUUAUAAGAAUGCCAAAGCUACGGAGAGCAUUAUAGAUGCAGAUGGCUGGCUGCACACUGGAGAUGUGGGCUAUAUUGAUGACGACGGUGAUGUGUACAUCGUGGAAAGAGUCAAGGAGCUCAUCAAAUACAAAGGAUUUCAGGUGCCGCCAGCGGAACUCGAGGCGAUCCUGAUUUCUCAUUCAGCUGUUACUGAUGCUGCUGUUGUCGGAAUUCCAGAUGAUGAAGCUGGGGAAAUUCCAGCAGCUUGCAUUGUGCUGUCGCCCAAUGCCUUCGUCACGGAGAAGGAAGUUAAAGAUUAUGUCAACUCUCAGGUUGCGAGUUACAAGAAGGUCAGGUUCGUAGAACAAGUGCCGAAGAUUCCCAAGUCCACAUCUGGCAAAAUUUUGCGCCGAUUACUCAAGGAUCAACUCAUUCUCAAAUACAGAGCUCAGACGCAGCGCCUGUAGGUCACUAAUUAUAUCUUAUUAUGGCGGAGAGUGAAAAAAUCAAUAAUAUUAUCUACAACUGUUGGUACAUAUUGUCCACAUUCUAGUCACAGUUUUGAAGAACUGUUCCGCUGGAUUCAAUUACGUUUGCGUACGAAGUAGACGGUUACAGAGGAUUGUCAUCCUUUGUCUGCUUCAUCUAUAAAUGGAGAUUUUUUAAUGCUUUAUACUGCCAGAACUUCUUAGAAGAAUUCCCAAGGUCCGCAUUACAGAAUGAUUCGAUGGUAGUAGGCAGCAGAAUUACGAACGUAAGUACCUUUGGGUACUGUGAGAUGCAAGGAAGGCGUCAAGGACUUGUGGCUGCAUUAUAUAAAUCCAAAUUAAUGGAUCUCGUGCAGCAUUCAACAAUAAGGAAUUACUUCACGAUGUGUACAACAAAAUAGAAAGGCUUAAAGGUGGACA